GCGGAGUAAGUCAUGGCGGGGAAAGGGGUUCAUCCACGGCGGUCCCAAGUACAGGAACCUGCGGAGUGAAACACGCGGGGACGGAGUCUACUAGGAUCUUUUGGGAAGCUGGGUAACUUGACGCGCCUGCUGAUUUUCCGUGCAAAGAAAAAAAAAGUUCUUCUGCAUGCAUAAUGGAAAAUGGAUCAUUUCUACUGCUUUUUAUGAACAAUUAAAUAAAGAAAAGAAAUUAAGCUGAGGAAAUUUUUUUCUGUUUCCUUGAAAUUUUUGAUACUUCGUAAAGAUCCAUAAACACUGUAACAGAUCACUUACUGAUAGUACUACAGAUUGGAAAAAAGAUUUUAGAAAUGGCUUCUCUUGAAGAAAAUGCAUAAAUGAAAAAAAUAUUACGCUUGACUGAUAAGAUAGUUUGUAUGAGUUCCGGAGAAGAUGGCUUAUGUUAGCCCAAAGGAAUUUGCAUUAAUAUUUGGAGUAGUGGCGGCUUGCUACUGGAACAGUCUAUUUUGUGGCUUUGUUUUUGAUGAUGUUUCUGCCAUUUUGGACAAUAAAGAUUUGCAUCCUUCAACUCCAAUUAAGAAUCUAUUUUUGAAUGACUUCUGGGGAACACCCAUGUCUGAGGAGAGAAGUCAUAAGUCGUAUCGACCCUUCACUGUCUUCACAUUUCGUUUGAAUUAUCUUUUCAGUGAAUUAAAUGCUGUUUCUUACCAUUUCCUGAACAUCAUCUUUCAUGCAAUUGUUUGUAUCAUCUUCCUCAAAGUCUGUAAGCUUUUCUUAGACAACAAAAGCAGUUUGGUUGCAUCUUUACUAUUUGCAGUGCAUCCCAUACAUACUGAAGCAGUAACUGGUGUGGUGGGCAGAGCAGAACUUCUCUCCUCAAUCUUUUUUCUAGCUGCUUUUCUGUCCUAUACCAGAUCCAGAGGGCCUGAAAACACUAUAGUGUGGACUCCUAUUGCAGCGACAGUUUUUUUGGUGGCUGUUGCUACAUUAUGUAAGGAACAAGGCGUAACCGUGGUGGGGAUAUGUUGUGUCUAUGAAGUAUUUAUUGCUCAAGGGUAUACUGUGCCAAUUCUUUGGUAUACAGUGUUACACAUUCUUCAAGGCAAAGGCAGCAUUUCCUACUGCAUGCUUCAAAUGCUAUUGAAACUAAUUGUUCUGAUGUUCAGUACUCUACUACUUGUUGUGAUCAGAGUUCAAGUUAUUCAGUCCCAGCUACCAGUGUUUACAAGGUUUGAUAACCCAGCUGCUGUGAGUCCAUCUCCUGUGAGGCAGCUGACUUUCAAUUACCUCCUUCCAGUAAAUGCAUGGCUGCUUCUAAAUCCUUCUGAAUUGUGUUGUGACUGGACAAUGGGCACCAUCCCAUUGGUAGAAUCCGUGUUAGAUGUAAGAAAUAUUGCCACUGUCACCUUCUUCUGCUUUUUGGGCACGUUGGUGGUCUUCAGUCUUCGGUAUCCUGGGGAUUCCUCCAAGACUGUAUUAAUGGCACUUUGUUUAAUAGUUUUGCCAUUCAUCCCAGCGUCAAAUCUUUUUUUCCCUGUUGGCUUCGUAGUAGCAGAACGAGUGUUAUAUGUUCCCAGCAUGGGAUUCUGCAUGCUAGUUGCCCAUGGGUGGAAAAAGCUGUCAAGUAACAGUAUCCUGAGAAAACUAUCAUGGAUUUGUUUGUCUUUGGUUUUGUUCAUUCAUGCUUUAAAAACAUUGCAGAGGAACUGGGAUUGGGAAUCGGAAUAUACAUUGUUUAUGUCUGCUUUAAAGGUAAAUAAGAACAAUGCCAAACUCUGGAAUAACGUGGGUCAUGCUUUAGAAAAUGAAAAGAACUUUGAAAGAGCAUUGAGAUUCUUCAUACAGGCCACCCAAGUGCAGCCAGAUGACAUUGGCGCCCAUAUGAAUGUAGGAAGAACUUACAAAAAUUUAAACAGAACCAGAGAAGCAGAAGAAUCCUAUUUAGUUGCAAAAUCUUUGAUGCCACAGAUUAUUCCAGGUAAAAAAUACGCUGCGCGAGUCGCUCCUAACCAUUUGAAUGUUUACAUAAACCUUGCAAACCUGAUUCGGGCAAAUGAGUCUCGUCUUGAAGAAGCAGACCAAUUGUAUCGUCAAGCCAUUAGCAUGAGGCCAGAUUUCAAACAGGCCUACAUUAGCAGGGGUGAAUUGCUUCUAAAGAUGAAUAAACCUCUGCAAGCUAAAGAAGCUUACCUAAGGGCUCUUGAAUUGGAUCGAAGCAAUGCAGACCUAUGGUACAACUUGGCAAUUGUUUACAUUGAACUGAAAGAUCCCUCUGAAGCUUUGAAGAACUUUAAUCAAGCAUUAGAACUGAAUCCUAGUCACAAACUAGCCUUGUUCAAUUCUGCACUAUUGAUGCAAGAAUCUGGUGAGGCCAGCCUUAGGCCUGAAGCUAAAAAGAGACUUCUAAGUUAUAUAAAAGAAGAAUCUCAAGAUGCUAAUGGUUAUUUUAACUUAGGCAUGCUUGCAAUGGAUGAUAAAAAAGAUGAUGAAGCUGAGAUGUGGAUGAAAAAAGCCAUAAAGCUACUUCCAGGCUUCCGCAGUGCUUUGUUCAACUUGGCCUUGCUUUACUCUCAGACGGCAAAAGAGCUGAAAGCUUUACCCGUGCUGGAGGAGUUGCUGAGGUACUACCCAGAUCACACCAAAGGUUUGAUUUUGAAGGGAGACAUUCUGAUGAACCAAAAAAAAGAUAUACAGGGAGCAAAACAGUGUUUUGAGAAAAUUCUGAAAAUGGAUCCAAACAAUGUGCAAGGAAAACACAACCUCUGUGUGGUUUACUUUGAAGAACGAGACUUAUUAAAGGCAGAAAAAUGCUUAGUGGAAACACUGGCCUUAGCCCCACAUGAAGAAUACAUCCAACGCCAUUUAAGCAUUGUCCGAAGUAAAAUUGCUUCCCUCAGACUAGGGGACACAAGUGUGACUCGUACAGAAAAAGUAGCAUCUGUGGAAGAAAAAAAACCUCCAUCUGAACACUUGAAAGAAGUAAAAAAUGAGCAAAAAAACCCUCAGACUACAAACUCUAAUGGCAGCAAGGAGCAGAGGAAAUCCAAAAAACAUGGAAAUAAAAACUCUACAGACAAAGAGACAAAAAAGAAAUCGACAAAAGAAAUAAAAGAGAUAGAGAAAAAAAGAGUUGCUGCACUGAAAAGACUGGAAGAGAUUGAACGUAUAUUAAAUGGUGAAUAAUUACUUGGAGCACCACUGUAAGGGAAACCGGCAUCUAUUUUGCAGAUUUUACAUGUGCGUUGCAUGUGUCAAAGUGAUCACAGGGAGCUUUUGAAUUUGGAAAGAAUAUUGAAAUGUUAACUAAAAUUGAAGAAGCUAUACAAUGAAUAGGAAAAGCCAUGACUGUUGACCAGGAAUGCUUGGUUAAGGAAUUGCACAUAACUGACACACAAGGACUUUUCCAGCAAUGGAAGCUAUGUUCUAAUAUUGCUGGUUAGAAGAAUAGCUUAUUACUCCAGAAACAAAUCUCACGAAAUUCCUUAUUUGAAAGCAAGCAUGUAAGAGCUUGGCUGCAAAAUCCUUGCAACCAACUAUGCUCAGUUCUUUCUGUUCUCAAAGAACAGUUAAAAUACUGAUAGAAAAAUAUUAAAGAGAGCCUCAGGUAUAUUGGUCACCAGACUAAUUUUACUAGAGAAAACCAUUGGUCUGAAUAUUUAAGCAUUACAAAUUAAUUGGAUGACUAUUAUUUUACUUCACACGCCAAAUCAUUUUUUUUCUAUGUAAAUGUAUGUGGCACAUUCCCAUUUUGUCUUCCUGCUUCCUUGUAAGUAUUAAUGUUCCAGAAUGAAUUGGGAAUUAAUUAGCAAAUACCAGUUGUGUUUUUGUAUGUGCAUGCAUGCAUUUGAUGUUUUUUUAAGAAAACUUUAAUAAAUCACUCUAUGGAUACAAUGAUUUUCUGUAUCAUGGGGACAAGCAGGAAUACUCAUCCCCAAAAGAUAUCCCUAUCAAAACGCUUUGUCCUGUGUUUUUUUGUUGUUCUUGAUGAUGAUUUUUUGUUGUUGUUAUCAGCACCAUCCUGUGAUACUUCUAAUAUAGGAAAAAUGUAACUGUUUCUGAACUAUCAUCUAUUUUUUAAGAAAUCAAUGCAAAACUUAUGGAAUCAUUUCUAAGGUGGUGGAUUUUUUUACCUCUUUUAUGGUUGAAUGCAAUAUCUCACAAUAUAUACCAGAUAUCUUUUUAAGCUCCUCGCCAAUUAAAUUGCCUUCCUGUGAUAAUGUAUUAUAAGGAAUGGCAAACUAUUGCAGUUUUAUUUGCAAUCAUGGUAAUUAUGUUUUAAUGUGGAAAAUAUAGACCUGUACCAUAUAAUAUCAGCCACCAACUGCUUAGGUGACUUCUAUGGAGAUUGAGGUUGAAAAGAGAGAACGGAAUGUUUCAGCUCCUUGACAAAAUGCAGGAUAUAUCUAAAAUGAAUAAAAUCCUUUGCAACAAGAAACCAUAUGUUUGACAUUUUGAAAGUCCCAGGAUCUUAAGGUACACCUGCAAAAGGAUCCUGAAAUUUUUUUUUAAUCAUGGUAUGAGGUAGCUAAAGAAACGAUCUGACAUUGUAUAAGACAACUUCUUAUGUUCCUGCUUGGUGAAACAAAACAGGUAUACAAACAAAAUUAAAAUAAGAUACGGUGAAAAAAAUGUCUCUUGGCUAAUAAGCAAAAGGAAUUUCUUACAUUUAGAAUUGUAGGUCCAUAACAUAUGGCAACUCCAAAGAAAGCCUUAGGUAAAUAAAUCUGAUAGAAAACACGUGCCCUGAAGCAUCUUUUCUUUAGAUGCCUCAACAAGCUUCUAGCUGGAGGUGUGUCCCCUCCCCCAUCAUCAUGUUAUACAUGACAAAUUGUCGUGUGACAAUCAUACUUGUGACUUAAACAUUCUUAUUGCAUUAAAUCUUCAUAUAAAUUUAGAAUUUGUUUUCAGCUUGAAAGUUUCUGGUAUAAUUCCAAACAUGAUUUUCUGUUUUUAUUGCAGAAAUUUGGGCAUUAAAUUAAAUGCUUGUUUUGCUAAAUUUCCUUUGGUUUUCAUUAACAGCUUUGUUAGGAUAAGUUAACUAAAUAUCUUAUCUGAAACUUGAACUCAUCAUUUUUAUAUGUUAUAAAAAUGCGGUAUAAAAAUCAAAUCAAAUAAAUAAAUAAAUAAAUAAAAAUAUCUGAGGCUAUAUAUUCUUCCUCAGUUUGUCUCUGGAUUGCCUAAGAGUGUUUUAGUUUUUAGGUUUUUUAAGCAUUUUUUUUUCAAAUAUGUUAACUCCAUGGAUGUUGAAGAAAUGUUUACAUGAGCAAACUUACUGAAUUCUUUAUUAUUUUUUCCCUUUCUUCAUAACCUGUCUUACAUAGGUUGUGGUUGGUAUGAACUCCAAAACAAUCAGAAUUGUUAACUUUAAAAUAAAAGAUGUGUCACAAGCUCAGGAAAUCCUAGUAGUUUCUACAAGACAAAGAUUUCAGUUUUUUUAAUUAAAAUAUUGAAUGGAAAAUAUGCAUUUGGGUUCUAGUACAGUACAAAGCACUUUUAUGCACAUACUGAUAGAUGCUUAAAUACAAAGCGAGAGCUGGCAAAAUCAGCAGUUAUUCUGAUGGCAAAGCAUCUCACUGAGGUGAAUUGUGAAAUAUGUGCCAGUCGAAUAUUGACAUAUAUAUAUCACUGUAUCAUCUUGACCGAUAUCUUGGUUUCAUCCAUAGACAACCUGACAUUACCCAUAAGCAACACUCUGAACAUCGUCCGGUUUCUCUGCCUCAUUGCCGCCGGUUGGCUUCAUCCCAUGUUAUUCCACAGAUUCUGUUCUGGGGGGAGGGAUGUGAGAAGAGACCAUAGUGGGGAAGGAAAAUCUUACUGUGCAUGUGGGUUGCUACCUAGUCUUGAGAUGAUUGUAUAUGUUUAAACAUAAAUUGGAAUGUCUGUGAAAUAAUAAACAGUGGCUUGGUAUGUGCAUAAUUUCUGUGUGGGGAUGCUGUUUUCUAGUUGACAAUUUACUAGCACAGACUAUUUUUUUUAAAAAAUGGGGAGAAAUAUAAAAUAAUGACAUGAUGAAUGUGUAGUAAAAUUAAGCAGUACCCUCAAAUAAAAGGAAAUACUAGGAAAUGUAGGUAAAUUUCCUAAUAAAAGAGUUGUAUGAGCAUUGGUCUAUCAGAAAUUUUUGUCCAGUCAGUAUUUCAUAUUUCUCAGUCAUCAAAUUCUGUAACACAAAAGCUUCGCUAUAGUACUUCUCAGUGAAAUAAUAAUAGUCAUAAACUUUAUUCAAAAUGAAAGGUAUAUUAACAGUUGGAAAACGGCUGUAUAUCACAGAAAUCCUGCAAAAUCCUCCAAACUGUCAAAACGUAAUGGCUUUCCAAUAUUUGUAUCCUGCAAACUAGUAGCAAAUUCAUCUUGCAAGUUGAUCUUAAUAGGUGAGAAAAUCUUAACGUCAAUUUGAAGUGAACAGAUUUAAAAAUUACUUCAUAGAUACCCAUUUAUUAUAACACAAAAGGUGUUCUGGAUCACAGUUCACUAUAUUACUUCAGUUGGCAAUAAAUUAAUGUGAGGAAAAUGUGUUGCUGUUGAAAUGGUAUGCUGGAGUUAGUGCACAUCCCUGUGCUUCAAGCAGCAUGCUGCAAUUGAUUUUUUGACUGCCAAGUGUCCUUCCAGUUGAAAGUCGUUAAAGUUUUCAUAGGCUUAUAAGGUCCUCUUUACCAACUCAAUCUUUAGAAGUUUGUCUGAAUUUUUUUAAAGUGUGAUGCCCAAAAUUGGACAUAAAAUGUGUGAUGGGAUCUACCAAUUGAGAAUAAAAUGAAGUUAAUACUUAC